GAAGUCAUCUUUCGUGUUGCAGGAGGAGCAGCUGACUCAGAACAAGGAACACAUCAAACUUUCCACCUGACAAAUAACUGUCAGGGAGCCUCAGCCUGUCUGUUACAGGCAAGAUCAGACUCUCUGUUAUUUACUAUUCACAUUUCUGCUUUUCUGAGCUGCUCAACUCUUCACCAUCUACGUUAGUUUCCUUUUCCACUUUGAUGGAUGUUCCCCUUCUGUCUGAGGUGUUUCUCAUCUAAACACAAGUCUACAGCCCCACCCCUGCUGAGGAUCAAAGACUGUCCCUGCUCGACACCAGCUUCUCUCAUUGUCCACGACAGCAAGACAUGUCAGUGCCGGAGGAGACUUUGGAGGAUGUGAAGGCGACUGGCGAGCUGAAUGCCAAUCACUACCCUGCUCAGCGGGCAGUCAAGGUGGUCCAACACUACCUCAACACCCUAUACGGCUCCCCAUACAGGGUGAUCGGCCUGAACAGGGUCCACAGCGGAUACGCAGAGGAUGUGGCAUACUCUGGAAGAAAGUAUAAUCUGGAGAUCUCAGUGCAGGACUUCAUCAGCAAUAAAACAGAGAAAUGCACUGCAGAGGUUUUGUUUCUGAGGGGAGAGCAGCAGCGCCCCCCGCAGGUCCAGGCCUCAUUGAAGAAGCUCCCUAAAACCAACACUAAAGUGGAAGAGGAGGCCUUGUUCAAAAAAUACAAGACGAACCAAAGUCUGCUGUCGGCAAAUUUACCCGACAGCUACGGUCACAUCGACCCGGACAUGGAGCCUUUCUGGCACCUCGGCACCGUGGCCUCCAGCUUCAUCAUGCUGAAUGAAUCCACUGAAAACACACUGUACAACAUGGCUCAGGUGGCCAACAUCACACAGCUGAAAACUGAGAACGACCAGCUGAAGUUUGACUACCACGUUCUGCUGCAUGAGAUGAUCUCCCAGGAGAUCGUUCACUGGCAGCUGCUGUUCACCUGGUCUCCUCCAGAGGGAGUUAAAGUGUUGCAGAUGGAGAAGCUUCUUCCAAGUCAUCACCAUGAAACCAACCAGAACAAAAACUAACCUGCCAACAGUCGUCACACUACCACCAAGGAAAAAUUCAGUUUAUGUCACAAAUGAUGACAUGAUAUCUUUCCACUGUACUUUUGGUUGGUUCUAUAUUGUCUAAAAUAAACGGUUUAUAAAUGA